AUGAUCAUCGCCACAGACUAUGCCUCCGCUCCGACCGCGACCGUGACGGUAUCAGCAACCAAGCACACGGAUGUUUCUUCAAAGCCUCUGGUUCCCAAGCCAGCAGGACCCCACAAGCUUUUCUCAGAGACGGGCGUCACGUACGGCGACUUUCGCGAUGAUCUCCUCCGCGAUGGGUAUGUUGUUGUCAAAGGCGCCAUCCCACGUGAGAGGGUGGACAAAUACGGCGAGGAAAUGAUGUCGUACCUGGAGAACUUCGCUGGCGGCCUCGGCUUCAACCGCAACGACUCUGCCACUAUCAAAGAGUCCAACCUUCCGGUGAUCACGGAGAAAGGCAUGUGCCUAGGCUACGGCAUUGCCCACGAGUCCUUCACCUGGUCGAUUCGCCAGGAGCCUGGCGUCAUUGAUGCGUUUGAGAAGGUCUAUGAUACGCCUGACCUGAUCGUCUCUUUCGACGCCGUCAACAUGGCCUUCCCCAACCGCACCGAUGUCAAGCCCAACAAACCCUGGCCGCACCAAGACCAAGACCCAGAGAAGCCCGGGUUUCGGUGCCUCCAGGGGCUUGUCAACAUCUUCCCUAAUGGCGAAAAGGACGGCGGGUUGAUUGUAUGCAAAGGCGCGCAUUUGCUGAGUGAGGACUUCCAUGCAGAGUUCAAAGAUGAGCCCAACAAAAUCUGGGCAUGGACGAAGGAGUGGUACGGAUUCACCGACGAGGGCAUGCAAUGGCUGAAGAACAAGGGCUGCGAGUGGGUCAAGAUCAACGCCGAGCCUGGGGACCUGCUGCUCUGGGACAGCCGCACGCCGCAUUACAACCUCAGCCCAGAAGGCGACAGGCCCAGGUUCUGUGCCUACACUUGCUACAUGCCUGCUGCUGAUGCCAGCCAGGAGGACUUGUUGUGGAAGAAGGCCGCAUUUGAGAAGACGCAGAGCACGACACAUUGGCCGAACGCCAUGCAUGUUGGCGGGAUUCCGAUCUUGCGGGACGGCGAGCCCUGUCCUUACAACACUGGAAAGCCAAGGGAGACACCGAGACUGGGAGAAAGAGGGUUCAGAUUGACCGGCAUUCCAUAUGUUCAGACCGAGCCUAUUCAGGUUUGA